UGCAAAAUGGCUCCGUGCACCAGAAGGACGCGCUCAACGACGACGACUUCGAGCCCUACGUGAGCCCGCAGGCCCGGCCGAACAAUGCCUACACCGCCAUGUCCGACUCCUACCUGCCCAGCUACUACAGCCCCUCCAUCGGCUUCUCCUACUCGCUGGGCGAGGCGGCCUGGUCCACGGGGGGCGACCCCCCCAUGCCCUACGUGACGUCCUACGGGCAGCUGAGCAACGGGGAGCCRCACUUCCUGGCGGACGCCGUGUUCGGGCAGCCCGGCGCGCUGGGCAGCACGCCCUUCCUGGGGCAGCACGGCUUCAACUUCUUCCCCAGCGGCAUCGACUUCUCGGCGUGGGGCAGCAGCAGCUCCCAGGGCCAGUCGACGCCGAGCUCGGGCUACAGCAGCAGCUACGCGUACGCGCCCAGCUCGCUGGGCGGCGCCGUGCUCGACGGGCAGUCGGCCUUCGCGAGCGAGGGCCUCAACAAGGCGCCCGGCAUGAACGCCGUGGAGCAGGGCAUGGCGGCCCUCAAGCUGGGCGGCGCCGACGUGCCCGCCGGCGUCCCCAAGGUGGUCGGCUCGGCCGUGGGCGGCAGCUCCCUGGCCGGGAGCAUCGUGGCGCCCGGCGGGCUGCCCCCGGCCACCAUCGCGCCGCCCAAGCCCGCCUCCUGGGCCGACAUCGCCAGCAAGCCGGCCAAGCAGCAGCCCAAGCUGAAGGCCAAGAAYGGCAUCGCGGGCUCCGGCCUCCCGCCACCUCCCAUAAAGCAUAACAUGGAUAUCGGAACGUGGGACAACAAAGGGCCGGUGGCGAAGGGCCCUUCCCAGGCCUUGGUUCAGAACCUGGGGCCGCAGCCGGCGCAGGGGUCCCCGCAGCCGGUGGGGCAGCCGGUCACCGCCAGCCCRCCGGUGGCGCAGCCCCCAGCCGCGCAACAGGCGCUGGCACCGUCGGCCGCACAGCCGGCCCCGCCGCCUGUGCCCCAACAGGCGGCACAGCCCGCCCGCUGGGUCGCCCCUCGCAACCGUGGKGGCACCUUCGGCCAGAACGGAGCAGACAGCGGCGCGGUGGGACAGUCCCCAGCCGGUUCUGGCGCUGCUCCGUCGGAACCGCACCCCGUCCUGGAGAAGCUGAGAUCCAUCAACAACUACAACCCCAAGGAUUUUGACUGGAACCCCAAACACGGCCGGGUUUUCAUCAUUAAGAGUUACUCAGAGGACGAUAUCCACCGUUCCAUUAAAUACAACAUCUGGUGCAGUACAGAGCACGGCAACAAGAGACUGGACGCUGCCUAUCGCUCCAUGAACGGCAAGGGCCCCGUUUACUUGCUCUUCAGUGUCAACGGUAGCGGCCACUUCUGCGGAGUAGCAGAAAUGAAAUCUGCCGUGGACUAUAACACGUGUGCGGGGGUGUGGUCCCAGGACAAGUGGAAGGGACGUUUUGAUGUCAGGUGGAUUUUUGUGAAGGACGUUCCCAACAGCCAGCUGCGGCACAUCCGCUUGGAGAACAACGAGAAUAAACCAGUGACCAACUCCAGGGACACUCAGGAGGUGCCUCUGGAGAAGGCUAAGCARGUGUUGAAAAUCAUUGCCACCUACAAGCACACCACCUCCAUCUUCGAUGACUUCUCGCACUACGAGAAACGCCAAGAGGAGGAGGAAAACGUCAAAAAGGAGCGCCAAGGCCGCGGCAAGUGAAGGGCCUCCCUCGCACASAGACCGCGGCGCCCGGAGAGAGGGGGAGAACGAAGAGCCAAAAGGAGCCCCGGAGAAUUAGGACUUUUUUUGGUUUUUUUUUUCCUUCAUUUCAUUGACUUCAAAAAGACUCUUACAAAACUUGCAGUUAAAAAAGGUAUUGGAAUUUCACAAGAGACAUAGGACUUUAAAAAAAAAAAAAAAAAGAAAGAAAAAAAUACAAAAACGACAAAAAAAAUUCCUCCUAGGUAGAGUAUAGGUAAAAACUGUCCCUUUUCUUUUGGCUUUGGUUGCGAUUUCAGAGCAUUUGCUUUGUUU